CACAUAAAAAGUUCUCAAAUCUCAAUAUAUUCGAUAAGUAGAAGUUAGAAGAAAGCAUAUACUCAAUUAUUCAUGGGGUGUGUUUUAAGCAAUUGAAGGAGCUUUGCGGAUAAAAACAUAAGGGAAUGGUAAAUUAGGGGGUAUCUCUCGUUGUUUCAUCGUUUUCAUAAUAAGAAACAGGAAAAAUAGGCAAAUCUGGACUCUCUCUCAGUCUCAUUGUCACUAAAGCCUUCAACUGUCAUUCUCUCAGGCGACUCUUGCCAUUGACCUCUCUUCCAUAAAGUCUCUCUCCUUCAAUCUCUGUUCUUCCCCCAUGGUGCUUCACAAGCAAGCUCUCUUGCUCACAUUCAUCUCAGUUCUUGGAAUCCAUCAACUGCCUUUACCAGCAGAAGCAGAAUGUCCACUGGACUUAACCUCAUCCAACUUCACUCUCGUCGCCUCCGUCUGCUCCACCAACGCCGACAGAGCCAAAUGCUGCCGCUACAUGAACGCCUUCGUCGCCGUAUCCGUCUCCCGCUACGCUAACCACACGGCAGAUCUCGGAGUGGCACCAGACUUGACCUCCAUCUGCAUCACCACCAUCUCAAGAACCAUGGAGCUCUACGGAAUCCCAACUAACGCGACCCUCUUCUGCGGACUAGGCACCAAGAUCCUCGUCAGCUACGACUGCGAGGAUCUCACCACCGUGACGCAGAUGCUCCGGUCCCCAAAGUUUGGAGAUGUUUCAAGAAACUGCGAACUACCGUUUCGUUGCAAGAGCUGCUUGAACUCUGGUAUCACUUACAUUCGUAGUUUGGUGGAUAGAGGGAAUAACAUUAAGAUGAGUACUUGUAGGGAUGCGACCUACGCUGCUUUAGCUAGCCGUGUUGAUACUACUUCAGCUCUUGAGCUUGCUAGCUGCUUCUUUAAUGUGUCUGAGCUUACCACCACUCCAGAGUUUCCGUUGAGUCCAGAAGCUUCUCCAAGUCCAGAGUUAGCUGAUAGUCCAAGUGGCAAUGAUGAUAUUGUCUUGUCUCCAAGAAGAAGUCACCAUGGUUAUCACUUGACGGUGGUUCCGGCUAUUGGGAUCGCUGUUACAGUGUUCUCUGUUAUGAUGCUCGCUGUUCUGAUAGUUCUUAUCCAGAGAAAGAAACGGGAGCUUGAUGAUGAUGACUCCGAGGGCAAGGAUCAUAAUCCAACGAAGACGCUUCCUUCUUCCCUCCCUAAAGUGAUGAUGAUUCAUGAAGGUAGUUCGUUGGCUUUUAGGAAGUUUAGCUACAGGGAGAUAAGGAAAGCAACUAAAGAGUUCAGCAGUGUGAUUGGCAGUGGGGGCUUUGGGACUGUUCAUAGAGGUGAGUUCAGUAAUGGGUUGGUUGCAGCUGUGAAAAGGAUGAACAGGAGCUCUGAACAAGCGGAAGAUGAGUUUUGCAGAGAGAUUGAGCUUCUGGCCAGGCUGCACCACCGCCAUCUAGUUGCUUUGAAAGGCUUUUGUACUAAGAAGAACGAGAGAUUCCUUGUCUACGAGUAUAUGGCAAAUGGGAGCUUGACGGAUCAUCUACAUUCUACAGAGAAACCUCCACUUAGUUGGGCAACAAGGAUGAAAAUAGCAAUCGAUGUGGCUAAUGCUCUGGAGUACCUUCAUCUCUACUGUGAUCCACCUCUCUGUCACAGAGACAUUAAGUCAAGCAACAUAUUACUCGACGACAACUUUGCUGCUAAGCUUGCAGAUUUUGGGCUUGCACAUGCUUCCAGAGAUGCCUCCGUUUGUUCUGAACCUAUUAAUACUGAUAUCCGUGGAACUCCAGGCUAUGUAGAUCCAGAGUAUGUUGUAACACAAGAACUGACAGAGAAGAGCGACGUGUACAGCUACGGAGUGGUGUUGCUAGAGAUCAUAACAGGCAGAACCGCUGUCGACCAAGGUAGGAACCUGGUGGAAAUGUCUCAGCCUUUACUUGUGUCAGAAUCAAGACGGGUGGAUCUGGUGGAUCCGAGAAUCAAAGACUGCAUAGACGGUGAACAGCUGGAGACAGUAGUGGCGGUUGUGAGAUGGUGCACUGAGAAAGAAGGCGUAGCAAGGCCAUCGAUCAAGCAAGUCUUGAGGCUGUUGUGUGAGAGCUGUGAUCCGUUGCAUAUGGAGCUUGCAAUGGCGGUUGAAGAGCACAAAGGGAGGUCACUGAGAGGUGGUGGUGACUCAGGGUUGGCUUCUUCCUCUAGUACUACUUCAAGGUCGCAUUGUAGCAGGAGUUUCCUGCUUGAGACUGGUGGCUCUCCACCGAAUGGUCUCUCCUUUUGAGUCUAAGUCACUUCUAGAAAUUUGGUAUUUUGGAUAAUAAUCAACUUGUUUUCUAAUUG